AUGUUAAAUGGGCAACUGCCUGAAGAUAAAGUCAGCCGAUUUGUUCAACUCGGCUUAGUCAUUGAAGAACUAUACGACGCAACAGAGAAUAAAAUAACGCAACUUUCAACAAAACUUAUUACUCUUUUUCAAUUCAAGAAGAAAUACAUUCGAAACAUUGUUGACAACAUGUUCCAAAUCUCACGUAGGAGGUUUAACAUCAGGAAAAUCCUUUCAAAAAUUUUAUAUUUUGUAACAGAAUUUUCCACAGAGUUUAAACAGUUAAUUGAAGCAGAACUUCUAGUCCAUGUUAAUCCUCUUGACCUAUUUUUCCUUCAUUUUUGCUGCAGAGAAAACCUUGUUCCACUUCCUCAGCUAAAAAUUGCAUUGAAAGACUAUUUACUUGAUCAUAAUCGAACGUACUGGUCUCGGGAGAUGUUAUUUUUCCUCGGCCAGUUCUUUUAUCGCUCAGAAACUAAAUUUUAUUUCGAACAACUCGAACUCAUCAAAAAAGGCAGUUAUUACAACACAUACAAGUUCUAUUUUGACCACCUUGAAGAAUUUAAAUCAAAUGAUUUCUCAUUACUCGAACAUGUUAUUGAAUACGGCGACAAACCAGAUUCAUUGAGGUCAAUCAUCCUGCACGAUGAUUUCGAAUCAUUCUAUAAAUACACACUCUCGAAUUCAUACAUAAUUGACCCAAAAGAAAGGUUAUCUUCCUUUUUUAUUGAUUCAGAGUACAGAGUUUACGGAAUUUACGAUAUUAUUUCGGCUAUACAAUUUUCUGGAUCCGUUAAAAUUUACAGAUAUUUGAAAUUACAAAAUCCAAAAAUUACAAAUUUUUUGGACAGUUUUUCCAUUCAAGGAGGAAGCAUCGAGAUCAUCAAAGACAUUUCGUUCCAGAAGAAUAUUGCUCGAAAAUGGCUUUCCGAGUCAAUUCUUUUUCAUCGACCAAUUAUUUAUGAAUGGCUUUGCGAAAAGACAUGCGAACAUAUAGCCAAUGUAAACUCUAUCGCUUCAGGUAACAAUUUCUUGUUUUUAAUCGACCAAAAAUACAAAAAAAAUAUUCUUUAUGGAAAAAAGGACUUUAGCAUUAUCUGUUAUAGCAACGAAUACUUCCUAUGCUAUAUCUAUGCUUCUUGUGUCGAAAACGGCAUGAUUACGCAGAUUAUUCGUUCAGAUUUGCACAUCGCUUUCGAUGAGUAUCUAAAAAGGAAUCCUGUUGAGAAAGGAUUCAUGAAUCUUAUUAUUGAGAACAAAAGCAGAAAAUGUUUUGAAAUUAUUAAAAAAUUUAACGUAGAUCUUUCUCCUGAAGUCACUACUAAAGAAAUAACAAGGAACUCUGCAAUACCAGAAGUUGUUAUUGGUCUUGAUUUGGCAACACUUCGAAAUGUUGAAGUUUUAUGUUAUCCAAAAAUCAAAGAAAAAGUUUUCUUGAGUUACCACUACUACAUGAAAGCUUACGAAUGUCAGUUUUACAGCGCUUUUAUUUAUUUGUGCAGUAAAGCUGAUUUCAGUGAUUUUCAACCAGAAUUCUUCAAAGGAGUGACUUAUCCUUAUUACAGGAUACUGGAACUUUACGGUGCUCCUGUAUCCUCUAUUCAGACUUAUCAUAGAAAACCUUAUCUUUAG